GUUGUUUACCAUGGCGACGGGGACGCUAUCGUUAACUGUUCAGAGACUAGAGAUGAUUUUAUUUGUGUUUCAUUUAUUUUUUAUUGAAACAAUCUACUGUGAGAAGUUCAUCAUAGCAUAUAAAGCUCCCUCAGACUGCACGGUGGACGAAUUUUUCGAUAUCUCGAGUCUCUCGUGUGUGAGAUGCGGUCCAAAUCAGCGGCGGAGCACAUCAGGAUUGAAAUGCAUUUGCAAAACUGGCUACCAAACCCUCAUCACAGAUAAAGCAUCCACUUCUUGUCGCCAGUGUCCUUCAGACAAACCAGCAGUAACUAAUGAUGGAUUUGGGUGUAUUCGAUGUCCAGGUAGUAUCAGCGAUGAUGGAAAGUGCCAGUGCCAAAUAGACAAUGUCCUUGUGGAGAGGGACAUCAAUGGAAAUAUUUUGGAUGAGGCAAAAUGUGAAAAAUGUAAUGGAAACCCCCCUGCUUGGUCUGUCCGAAACCCCAAUGGAGACAGAUGUGAGCGAUGCCAGGCCUCCUUUUCUAACACCUCCUGCUCAUGUAAACCCCCUCAUGUCUUGGCAGGAGGAUUGUGUUUCCCUCCAAGCAGCCUCUCCACCAAUGUAAAUCCCAGCGUGAAUUAUGCUCAGUUGAAGUUCAGCGUAUUGUCUGCCUGGUUUGUCCAGAACCUCUACUCCUCAGCAGCAGCCUGCCUUGUUUUCUCCAACCUGACAGCAUGUCAGGCUCUUGGGAACAUGUGUGUGAUGAACAUGCACUCCCUCAGUGGAGUGUCCACUGAUGCCUGCGGCCUCUUUAACACCAUAUUCAGAUCCAAGGCUGCUCUAAGCUCAGUUCAAGACAUUUCAUAUUGGAGAGCUAAUUUGCCGUGGCUUUAUUAUGGGGAUGUACCAGGACUGGCCAGCUGGGUGCUUCGGACUGAUCCUGUUCCCAUUAGGUUCAGUUUCAGAGGGAAACAGAAGAACACUGAAAUUAAGCUGCUUGCUGCAGUCUAUAAUGUCAGAGGAGACUUCCUCAGAUGGGAACCUGUAGGAGGGCAAAACCUCCAGCUUUGUCCAGACACAAAAAUCAAACUGGCAGCAGCAUUCAGCUUUGGAACCACCUACCAACAAAGCUGUGAUCUGUCAGUGAAAGAGCUGUUGAACACUUAUCCCCAGCCAUUGUUCUACGAUGUAUUUAUGGAGCUUGAUGGAGGAGAGAACAAAAAACUUCUCCCGCUGCCUACACUGGUCUAUAACCAGCAGCACAAUGGACGGUUCAUCAACCAAGAGAACAUGAAGGACUGGUACCUGUCCCGAAGAAUAUUUCUUGUGGAUGGACUGAGCGGAAGAGAGAGGAGCUUGAGUGCCCAGCCUAAAGUCAUCCGUGUUGCCAGCAGUGUUAAAAUAAAGUUCCAGUUGGCCCCACGAACACUGGAGGGACAGGUUUAUCCUCCUCUCAUAACCAUGACCUAUAGAGAUGUUCUCAUCACAGAUAUCAGUUCUCAGACUGUAUCUGUAAGUUUUGCUGUGGAGUAUGAGAUGGAACAGAAUGAUGCUCAAAUGAAGACAAAUACGGCUCUUGGUGUGAUGGGUGGUGUGGCCGUGCUCUACUCCAUUCUGAAAACAGUCAGCUGGAAGAGGAGGAUUGCCUCUCUGUUCAUUGAUGCAGAGACAAUGAUGAAGUUUUUGUUGUUUUAUGCCGGAGAUCUGGCCAAUGUUUUCUUCAUCGUCACUGUUGGAACUGGACUAUACUGGCUCAUCUUUUACAAGGCUCAACAGUCUGUAUCAGUGCUUCUACCACUGCCUGCUCAAGAGGAGCAGUUUGUGACGUAUAUCGGCUGUGCUUUUGCUCUCAAGGCUAUCCAGCUUCUCCACAAGCUGAUUCUUCAGGUGUCAGUGGAUAUUUUUCUGAUAGACUGGGAGAGGCCACGAAGCAAAGCCAAUAGGGGUGUGCAAGCUAUGAGUGAGUCUAAACGUGACCCCGCUCCAGUCAGCAUAUGGAGGACCUACUUUGUGGCCAAUGAAUGGAAUGAGAUUCAGACCAUCCGCAAGAUCAGCCCAACUUUUCAGAUCAUAGCCGUGCUGUUCUUUCUUGAGGUGCUGGGUUUCUCCAACCUGGCCCUGAUGGACCCCUGGCCGACCUUGGAGCGCUCCCCUCAGGCAUAUACCCCUCCAUACAGCCUGAUUCUGCGCUAUGGUGUGGCAUCCACACUGUGGCUCUGUAUUGGACUUCUUCAGGUGAUUUUCUUUACUGUGUUCUAUGAGCACUUUGUGGAGGACAAAAUACGUCAGUUUGUUGAUCUCUGCUCCAUCAGUAACAUAUCCAUGCUGCUGUUGUCUCACCGUUGUUUUGGCUACUACAUUCAUGGCCGUUCAGUCCAUGGGCUUGCAGAUACAAACAUGGAGGAAAUGAACAACAAUCUGAGGAGAGAAAUGGAGUCCCUGUGUGGGAAAAGAGGUCUACUUCCCAACACAGACACCCAGACUUUCCAGGUCGCCCUCACAAGCCGUCUGCGGUCACAUUAUGAUAGGAUACGGGAGCCCCUCAGGGGUAACUUGUUUCCUGGACUCCAUAGAAACGGCCCAUCACGGUUGAUGGACGCAAGCUCAGCUAAUGGGUUUGAAGUGCAAGCCAAAUCUUACAACUCAAUGAACCACUUUCUGGGAGCCUUUAUCAAUAAUGCUUACCCAGACAUGGAAUUCAUUGUGAAGGACAAGCUGAUGUUUGAGAGGGUCAUAGGGAUGGAGUUCCUUGAACCCAAUGAUAAAAGCAUCUUUUACAAUGAUGAGGCCCACUCCUUCAGCGAUGUGCUGUAUUAUGGAAAUGAGGGCACUCUGCUGAUCUUUGACACUUUGUUCUUCUGUGUCGUCGACCUGGGAUCUCAGAGCUUUGUGCUUGCAGCUGUUCUUACAUAUCUACAGCAAAUGAUUCUUCGCUUGCUCCGCAACACUCUGGGAAGAAAGAACCUUGUCGCCAAGACUAUGGUGGAUGAACGAUUUCUGAUAUGAAAUUACUUGUUGAGUUAUGUCGGUGUUUUUUUGAGGCAUUACUUUCAAAGAUGUUUACUUUUCACAGCGUGUACAGCUAGUUUUUGUACUUUUCUAUAAAUAUUCAAUAUUUUGA